AUAUUUACAUAACUCCUAGUAUCAACCGUCUGACAACUGAUUUGAAACCGAAUCUUUGUGUUCACUAUUGUCUUUCUUGAUGUUUGUCUGUGUGCGUGCAUGUGUACAUAUGCCUUUUCUCUCUCUAUUGCCAGCUUCUAAGACUCGUAUUUCAUUCCAUAUCGUACUUGCUAGGCAAGUGGUUUGAUUCUGAAAACCAUUUGCUGAAAACGAAAACAAUUUCUGCGUGGAGGACAUAUUAGUCAUUAAAAAACACAGCAAAACUGUUAACUUAAACAUUCAUUCCUUGGUUGAAGUUAACAGUUUUUCGUGUGUUAGUUUCUUUCUUUUUUUUUUUUUUAUUUGCAAUGGCUAAUGGGUCUUCCACGCUAUAAUUGUUUCAUCGUGUUUAUAUAUAAAUAUCCAGGGUAAAACAAAUCUUACAGGGGACUUUAUUUAAUAAGACACCGGUUUCACUAUUCGGUGUUGAGUGAAACAUGGAGAGGAAUGAACAAACUGCAGAUGAUUGUCUCCCACCUCAAAUUAAAUUGAAUAGUGAAGUUCUGGAAUACCUGAAGACAGAAUCUCUGAAUUUCCCCAAGUCUAUUGAAAGUGACAGAGACAGAUGUGAGAAAGAAAUUUGUCGUAUACUCUCUCUUCUUCCAAUCCCGCCUCUCUUUACUGUCGUACGUGUAAACACCCUCCAACAGGACCCCGAAUCUCUACUCGCCCUCCUCAAAGAACAGUUGAUAGACAACCACAGAAAAAGAGCCGUGCAACUGGCUGAGCCUUUCUUCCACCCUCUCAUGCCCGAUGUUGUGAUAAUACCUAAUGCCGGGCCAGUUCAGUCGAUCGAGAGACGAGAAGACCAAAUAGUUGUUGACCACAUGUGUGGUAUGUCGGUACUAAGGGGAUCUGAAGUGUUCGUUCAGGGGAUCAUUGGUGCUCCUUUGGAUAUGACUCGUGGGGACAUUGUUUCGCUGUAUGUCGAUAUGGAAGGAUCUUGUCUUCGCGGACAAACACAGCCUUUGAAGGGGGAGAAAAUUUUUCUCGGGAACGGCGUUGCCCUCGUCAGUCGCAAUCAGAUCUUCCGCGACUCGUCGCCCGAUCAUGUAUUAUCAGGAGUCGGUGUAUCGGUAACGAAUGCUCUGUAUUCAGCUCCAAGACUUGACAAUUUAACCUCAGAUUUGAUAUUUGCCCAAAAUCUUCCCUCGGCCGUUUGUAGCUACGUGCUGAACCCUCAGCCAAACGAUACUGUCCUCGAUAUGUGUGCCGCUCCAGGGGGCAAAACCACUCAUAUUGCCACACUGAUGAGAAACAAAGGCCGCCUGGUGGCGAUAGAUCGCACUAAACUCAAAGUAGAGCGCCUAACCUCUUUAGUGUCUUGCUGGGGUCUAACAUGUGUUGAGGUUUAUACAUUUGAUUCCACAAAAUCACUUCAAGAUUCAGCUGAAGCAACCAAAGGUCCUCCCUACCCUCCGGGAACCUUUGACCGGAUUCUGCUUGAUGCUCCGUGCAGUGCUCUCGGCCAGAGACCGUCGUGUUGUAACAAAAUGGGUUUAUCGUGGCUGAAGUCUUUCCCCAUGUAUCAACGUAAACUACUUCGACAAGCCGUCGGACUGUUAAAAGUCGGUGGUACUUUGGUAUACAGUACUUGCACCAUAACUUUAGCAGAAAAUGAAGAACAAGUGGCUUGGGUUCUGGCUACCUUCCCUCAGCUCGUCCUCACUGCACAGGAGCCUCAUAUUGGAGAUACUGGUUUAGUAGGUUCUUCCCUAUCACCAGAACAUCUGAAGUUAGUUCAUCGGUUUAAACCAGACGUUUCAGGUGAUAGCAAAGACGCCUUUAACAGAGACACAAUCGGGUUUUUUAUUGCCAAAUUCAUUAAAGUGGAAAAUGUCAAAUAACCCGAGAAUUUAAUUGCUUGGACUAAUUAAUAUCAUCUUUAGAAAUGAAAUAUUUCAAAUAUAUGUAUAUUUACGUCUACAUCAAAACCUGUCACGUUCAGAACCCAAAGAAGUAAAUGACCAGAGAUGCCUGGAGGAUUAAUUCACUCAGAUAUACAAGUGGUGUGAAACUUUUGUUUAUAUAUUUAAGGGACGCAACGUAUUAACUGCAAUAAGGCCGCCUCAAAGAAAACUUUAUUAAAAUAUACAGGGAAAGGUAAUUACUUGUCAAAAAUCCCAAGCCAGAAUGAAACCUGGACAUUAAAAGAUGAUGUUAUAUAUAUAUAUAUAUAUAUAUAUACACAUACAUACAGUAUUAAUCAUCCCAUAAUGCAGUUUUUUCAAUUACAUGAACUAAAAGUGAGAGUGGGGUAGCAUAAACUACCAGCAGCAACUUGCUAUAAAAGCAGGUAGUAAUUUUACCUUGUACUGAUUCUUGGUGCAAAUUUUGAAGAGUGCUGUACGAUUUUAGCAGUUAUUUUUUCAAAGCUAUAAUGGAAGUAACAAAGGAGCAUAUUUGGCAUAUUUUGCUUUAUGAGUUCAAUAAUGGUAACAACGCAACGAAGAAUGCAAGGAAUAUUAAUGCAGUAUAUGGGACCUAACAAUAAGUGUAAGCCAGUGUCAAAAAUUCUGAUCUGGAAACUACAGCCUAGAAGACGAGCCUCAUCCUGUAGAGCUUGAUGAAGACGUCCUGCAAACCCUGGUGGAACAAAAUCCCAUUGUAACUGUUGAGAAACUGGCAGAGAAGCUUGGAUUUGGUCAGUCAACCAUUCAUCAACACCUGCAUGCCAUUGGAAGUUGAGUAGUAAUUCAAAGUGACUAUCAUGUCACUUGUUGUAUCAUGCUGAUUUUCCCUGAGAAAUUCAUUAAGUGUAUAUGUAUCUGUGGAAUACUCAACCAUUUACCAAUUCAACAAACUGUUCUGUAUAUCAGACAUUUGGAACAAUCAUCAUCAAAACUGGCAGAAAUCCCUUUUGUCCCCCUGCCAUCAAUACAUAAUACCAUUUGAUAAUCAUCAAAACUAUAUUUUUUAAAGCAAAAAUC